AUGUCAGUUGUGCUAAUGAGAGAUAUGUGCAGAUUUACGUCCGCCGCCAGUAACGUCAAUACCAGCUCCGAGAACAAAAGCAAGGAUAAGGACAAUACCAAUGGGGGAUUCGGCUCCAAGCACAAUAUCGAUAAAGUCGGGCCCUUGGGCAUAGGCACCCCCGCGAGGCUACCGGCUGCCCCUACAACUAAGGAGGUCGAGACAAGGUCUCCGUCCUAG